AUGAGUACCAUAGGCCGACAUCUGACGAGGGUACAGCUUUUAUUGGUAUUGUUAUGUAUAUCAAUGCUUCUGGCAACAGGAGCUUUGACGGCGGUGUUGUUGUAUCUUUAUUGGGAUUAUGAGAGGACGGUCGGGAAACCGUCCCUAUUAGUUCUUGCUGGAGUCAACUUUCUCUGUUCUAUCUCAUAUUUAUUGAUCCUUUUCUUAAACCCAAAGAGCAAUGUUGUUUUCCUAUUAACAUCACCGAAUCUGCUUAUGAUUGGGGCGGCUAUAUGGUAUAAUACUGUGUUUAUCCAGCGUGUUUUUGCUUUGUGGCAUUACAUACAAGAGAAUGUGGACGUUAUGGCUGCUAGAUACCAUCAACACCUGAACACUAAUGUAUUUGUGAUUCAUGGGGCACUUUUGCUUGGAACAGCGUUCAUAACUGGUAUCGCUACUGGUUUAACAUUGUUUGCAGGUACUUCAACUGCAGCUAAUGGCGACAUUGAAGAUCAACAGUCAUCUUUGGGUUUGAGGCACAAUUUAAAUGGAGGCUUUGUCCCCAUGGAUUGUGAACACGCAAAUGUUGUUAUGAAACCUUCUGCAAUGACAUUAACACCGGAUAUGGAUAUCAUGCAACACUCAACUAAAAACUGGAUGAAUGAACAUUUAACAGUCUAUCCUGGCUCGGAAGUGGUUUCAACACCCUCUGUCAUUAAACACCCUUUAACCACGUUAAAACCCCAUCCAAGUGAGUUCAACAACCGCUCUAUAUCAUCUUCGAGCAAUAAUUCGAAGUUCAGAUCAGGGUCUCUCAAUAACUCAUCAUCGAGGGGCAUCAUUGAUAAAUUGCAGCGCAAGAUUUCGAAAAAUCAGCCGCCCUCCCAAAAAUGUAAACUACCCAGUCAUACGAAAGAAGAGAUCGAUGCCUGCUAUGUGACAAGACUAUCUACAAUAUCUGAUACUUCAAAAACAGCAUUAACUCUUCUACACCAGUCUUUUAGGAUGGUAGAGGGCAAGAGUUUAAAAUCUUUGUUCCACAACGGUAACAUGCAAAACAAGGGGAUCGACCAAGAAAGUUUCUAUGAUACAUCGGUCGCUAGAACUGAAGAUGCGGUUGAACCUUAUGAUAGCGUACUGAUUCCACCAUGUUUAAAAUAUGAAGAUAUUCCCUGCUGUGACAACUUAGAUGUUCUUUCAGAGCACAAUCUUGAAAAUAUACUUUCCGUACCCGAAAUUGCUUCAUUACAGGAAAGCCGGCAUCCAAUGGCUAGAGUUAUAAGUUUGCAAGAUUGGAAUGAAAACAAGGACCAAAUAUUAGAGGCUGAUAGAAGAAAUCAUAGUAGGUCCAUGCCGUUAUUAUAUUCGCACGAUAGCGUUUCAGAAGUGGGCGUUCCAUCCUCCCAAGAUCCAGAAGAGGUAGCUUCUGAGUUAGGAUUGCCCAAGAGUUUCGCAGGCGCGGAAUUGGAUGGACAAAAUGGUGCGUCUAAGUUAAUUGUGACCACGUUGCAAUCUCUUUCUCCAAUGGAGGCUGAAGGUGAUGUAGCAGUAAGCAUAUUGGAGACUGCUUUACACAAUUAUAAAGAGGGAGAUGAUCUAAUUGCUCAGGGAUUAGCGCUUCCAGAUAGAUCCAGUAGACCCAAUACGUCGUGUCUCAGUCUGGUAGGAACUCAUUCUCCUUCAAAGUCGAUUUAUUCGUUCUCCAGUUUACGUUCGCCAAGUCAAAAGUCUAAUAUAAUCACCUCACAAUCAAUACACUCAAGAAACAACUCUCAAUAUUCUGGUCUAUUCACUCCUUUAAAUCCGCUCGUCAUUUCAUCUACACAAUCAUCUCCAACCAAAAACUACAGAUUAAGAAAACGGUUAAGUCAUAAAUUCUCGAGAUCAGUGUUUAAUUUUAAAUGGGAUUCUAAAGAAGUAACUGACGAAGUCUUGAUGAAUCAGCAAGGCAAUGUAAUUGAUCUAAGCUACGUCCAUCACCUACAAAACAAACAUUCUGCUUCGCGGUCAAUGCAUACAUUAGUGAGUUCUCAUAUAAGGAGCAGCAGCAGCCCCCAGGCAAUCGAAUUAAAUUUUGAAAACCAACAACCUGCUGAAUUAAAUACACGUACAAAAGCUACAUCACCAAUCAGGGCAGCAAAGGUACUAGUCAGUGGUAAUAGGCGGUUCACCAAUGAAGAUGGACAUUCAUAUGCUACUCGAUAUUCCUAG